AUGGAGCCGACACAGUCUGCUCGCGAUCUUUGGGUCGCCACCGAGGGUAUCUUUCGCGACAACCGCGAGACGCGCAUCAUCUACCAAGAGACGGAGUUCCGGAGCCUCCUCCAAGGCGACAUGUCCGUGACGGACUACUGCCGGCGUCUCAAAGGCCUCACCGACUCGUUGCGUGUCCUCGGCGAGUCAAUCUCCGACCGCACCCUCGUCCUCAACCUCAUCCACGGCCUCAGUCCCCGUUUCGCCACUCAAGCCGAGCUGCUGCCUCUCCAGGACCCGUUCCCGUCCUUCGCCAAGGCCCGCUCGGCACUUCUUCUAGCGGAAAUGCGCCACCCCGCCAACACCGCCGCUCUCGACGGCGACACUGCCCUCUUCGCCGCCUCCUCGUCCGGCCAGGGCAACUCCGUCAACAAGGGGAAGAACAACAAAGGCAAGGGCAAGGGGAAGACCGGCGGCGACGGCGGCCGCUUGAGCAACGGCCGCGGCGGUGGCGAUCGCUCCAACUCUGGGGGCCAAAAGCAGACUUCGGCACCAACACCUCCCUCCGGCCCAUGGGUGUUGAUGGCUCCGUGGGCCUCUGCUCCGUGGGCUGGACCACAGCUGUGGGCUGCCUCCUGGCGUCCUGCAGGCGGCCCCCGCUUUCUUGGUCCACGGCCCACCGCUCAGGCCCAGCACGCCUUCCACACGCAACUGGCUCCUCCAGCUUCUGUUGCCGGCUCUGAGGCGCCACCCCAGCCGGCCUGGGAUCAAGCCAGCCUCGUCGCCGCGUUGAACAACUUGCACGUCCAAGGCCAGUCAAGCGGCGGGUGGGUUAUGGAUACCGGCGCCACCUCACACAUGGCCUCCUCCGAUGGAUCUACGUUCGGGGACCGUGAUUCUACGCUUCAAUAGCUCCGGUGACCUCUACACCAUCCCGGUCGCCGCCUUCCCCACCCAUCCCGAUCCACUGCUGAAAGACAUCAUCCAC